AUGGGGGCGUUGACAUCCAGGCCAAAGCCUUCGGACUACAAAAAGGUCGCCGAAGAUGAGACACCGCAGUCCGGCAGUGACGAGGAGGUCUGGGGCUGCAUGGAAAGUUGCUCGCAGUUCUCGCGGCCAAGCUCCGAGGCUUCCAGGUCGGGGGAAGAGGACUCGAUCUUCGACGACCUUUGCGAGGGCCGAGCAAACAGCCUCGUCUUGAAGAGCUUGCUCUCCUGCCCACUGGGCGUGCCAGAAAAGGUGCGCACGAUCUUAAAGGACAAGCGCGAGCAUCCUGACGCCCGGGUGGGAAGCAAGCUGACAAUGUUUGAUAGCUGCGGUCCGGCUGUGUUCUUAUUAUGGCCGGCCACCAUCAUGAACUUGUGCUUUGCGAUCUUCCUUCCCUGGUUCGCCAAUAUGCACACGGAAUGCUCAGAGUUUGGCACCCCGAGCUAUCCGGGAUGGCUAUGGGUAAUUUUCGCCCCAUUUCUGGCUGCCAUGCUUGCAAUCGAGUGGCGAUGCUUGACAUACAUCGUGAUGCCAUUCCUCCAUUGGCUACCCGCCAUGCCGAUGCCUUUCUUUAAGGAGCCACCAUUCCUGCUCUGGCUGUCGUACUCGAGCGCGGUCAGUGUGAUCUCCCACAUGGACGUCAUGACACAGGGCCUCUUCUUGGCGACGACUCUUCACACCUUCGAAUGCCCAGGCUACCAGGACGUCAACGAUGCAUGGGAGGAAGUCUGGAGCACGUCGAUCUUUUCCUGGGCCACCUGGGGCUCCAGCUUGGAGAGGUUGGUCAUUAUCAGCUGGGCAGUCCUGAUCUUGCAGAUCAUGCUCUUCGCCUUCUUCGCGUUGCCGGCGCAAGGAGUUUCCUUCACCUGUCGGAGCGAGCCAAAAGGCUAUGCAUCUGGCUGUGGUCUCUUUCACAUCUGGCACGCCUCGGCCUUGAAGUCGCUGGCGAGCUCCAACCAGAUGGCCACCUGCAGCCUGGGCCACCUCGAGUUGAGCAUCCAGCGUGCGGACGCGGAGCUCUCCAACGAGAAGCCGGACUAUCCAAGAGCACUGCAGAUCCUCAGCAUGGAGCUCCGACAGCUCCUGCUACGCAUCAUCUGCAUCAGCUUCAUCACGAAUUGCACGAAGCUCCAGGCACGGACCACGGUCUUCGCCCUGAACCGAAUGGUUGCGCACGGCUCCAUGGAUUGGGAGGGUCUCCUCAGCAUCGGCUUAGCGCAUAUCACCUGUGCCGUGGCACUGCAGACGGCAAUCCAGGGUGCAUGGCGAGUGAAGAGGGAAAGGCACAAUAUACUGCAGUCGCUGAAGGAGGCAAGCUUCUGUGAAAAGGGCCAAGGAGUCUUG